AUGACCCGUUUCUCCAACAUCGUAUUAUAUGCAAUAGAUCAAUUCAUUCUAAAACGUUCCAGUAAAUCGCCGCCUAAUCCACCAUGGGGAAACAACUAUCUUAAGCGCCUGAAAAGACGUAAACGGUCUGCUUUACGUAAAUACUCGAAAUAUAAAAGCCACCAGUGCAAACUCAACUAUAACUCAAUCAACGCUCGCUACAAGCGCUUGAACAAAAAACUGUACAUCGCUCAUCAACGAAAAGUGCAAGUAAAACUGCGCCACAAUCCCAAAGGAUUCUGGAACUACGUCAACCAACAACGAAAGGAAUCUGGUCUUCUCACUGUCAUGACCAAUGGGAAUAUCGAAUGUUCAUCGACAGAAGACAUCUGUAAUUUAUUUCAACAGCAAUUCUCGAAUUUGUUCACCGACGAUUCCCUGGAAUUACACCAAAUCAAUGAAGCCGCUAACAACGUCCCUGUUCGUCCCGCAGUUGGAAACCACCCAAUCGUCGAUGCAGACACAGUUGCUGAUAUUUGCUGUACCAAAAGAUAUCAAGUUGACUCUAUUUACACUGAGUUUUCGGCUGCCUUCGAUAAGAUCAAUCACAGGAUUACAAUUGCCAAUGAGCCAAUUAGUAGUAGUAAUCGUGCCGCCAAGCGUACGAUUUCCUCUUCCUCUUCGUCCUCCUCCUCGUCGGCAGGCUUCGACUCCUACUGUGUUUCGUUGGCUGUAGGACCGCUGUGGUGGUCCGAUGUCCCACAAAUCAGAACCGACCACGAUAGGGCGUCUCCCUUGAAAGAAUACAAUCGCAAGACAUCUAUCGAUUCGACAACCACCACUUCGUCUGAGUUUACCGAUUACGAUGACACCGAGUCGACCGUAGAAUUCAUGAACCAACAUGAAGCCGCCGUUAUCCAGGAAGUGCUGAACCAGCCCAUGCCGACCCAAAUCGCGCUCAAGCUGUUCGUCACGCCGCAAAAGCACAGCGUCUGGGAAACGAUCUUCAAUCCAUUGGACAACAUCCUUUACGUGAAUCUACCGUCGACUAUGUCGCAUGAGGCAUCGAAGCAUUCGUUCAUCUCAUUGUUGGAAUUCGCCGAGGAGAAACUCGAGUGCGACGGCGUAGUCCUGUGCAUCCGAAAGGACCGCCUCGAUCGUCCCAAUUUGGUGCGCACGUUCUCCUUUGUCGGUUUCCAACCGAUGAGCCCAAAGUCACCGUUGGCUCCGCCUCACAUUGAAGAACAACAGAAGAACGAAUAUCUCUUCAUGAUCUACAACAUCGAAGAGUAAAGCGUAAACUCAAACCAAGCAUGGUGGGUGUGUUUUUAUUAAAAUGAAGUCUUCGCCGAUUGUCGCCCUUUCGAACAAUAACAUCCAUUUCAUCAUCGAGGGAGCGUUCAAAAUAUCGAAUCGAACGAAGUAAGGAACCGUUACGCUGCUGAGCUUCGAUUGGUGGCAGGUCGUCGCAUCCCAAAUCAGUGCGCUUGGCGUGUCCGUUUUGAUCAAUUCGCAUUAGACCGGAGUACACGUAAAUACAUCAACAUUAACUAAACCCAUAAAGUUAAAGAAAACAGAAAACAUCUCUCUUUUCGAAAGAUUACAAUACCAGCAUAAACGUGAACUAACAUAUAAGCUAAUACAUUAGAGCUAACAUAAUCCUAAAUAUUUCCGAGGUCGAAUCUUGCGAUUUGUUAUUAUUUUAAGACAAAUGCUUCUAUCAUCAAAGAUAAACCAAACAAAACUACAAAAAAAAAUACAAAAGUAGAAAAACGACAAAAAAAACUAAAAAGUAGAAAAUCUUUUGAUAAAAAAUUUGCAUUUUUUACAAAAAAGACCCAAAAAAAUAAUACAAAAAUAUUAAGCUAGUAUCUAUAAGAAAAACAAAACAACAAGAAAUUGAAACUACAUACAUAAUUGAAUAAUAAACACAACAUUGAAAGUUCAUUUAGUUAGAGAAGCGGAAAACUUAAAAUGAAGAUCAUCAUGUGAAUGAUUCCUUUGCAAACGUGUUAGUUUUAUCUCAGAAGUUACACUUCACAAUAGGAUGAACAAUAGGAGACUAAACAAAUUUCAAGAAAGGAUAACAAAUCAUGCAAUACAAGAACGAGAUACGGAUUCCGCCGAAAAAGCGCAUAAUGCACUACACAACUACUUGUACUUAUUUUAUUUGCUGUCCACAUAACUACUAAUUUCAAACACAACACAAAUACGGGCUGUCCCGGGGGAGAAAGCACAUUAUGUAAUCCCUUUCCCCCCACAGCAUCCGAUAUGGUAUUGUAAUUGGACGCGGUGUUUAGUUCGACUUUUUCCUGCCGGCUUAACGUCGGAAAAGCUGAGAUGGUUUUCGUUUUGAGAACAAACAAUUCAACGAACAAAAUCAGAUCAUACUCUCCAUCAGAACGAACUUGAGAAAAGAAAUGUUUCACUUAAAACUUUGAUUGAUACUGUUUUUAACUUUAUGAGGGAACGAUUCAGAAGGAAAUAUUUUAUUUUCUGAUAUAAUUUUGUAUUACUACUACUAUAUCAAUUAUACAUUUUUAAGCAUAUAAUUUGUUAUUUUUAUUAAUGGAAUAUUCAAACCUACAUCUUAUGAUUAUAUUAUUUUAUUGCGCAUAGAUAACUCUUUGGGUUCCGUUGCAACCGAAGUAUUUAGCAGAGGUUUCAACAGCAACCAGAGAAAUAUUCACUAAUAACGUAGUAUAAUAAAAAUGAAUGUGCACACUUUACGUAUUUUUUUAAUUAUUACCUUUUAUCAAUGUUUAUCAAAAUUACUAGCAUGAAUUGAAAAUAAAUAAAUGAACUAUUUUAGGUUUCUUGAACAGGA